UCAUAUCCAAAAUAAUAGUUUUGUCAUACAUCUUGUUAUGAACCUUACAUUAUUCCCCUGUGCUGCCUGUUUGCAGAAAAAUAAAGAAAUAAAAACACAAUUUGGAAACACUAGACUACAUGCAAACAACGUUGACGGCAAAAGGGAAGAGCUCAAGGAAUCUUGUGCACUCACACGCCUCAUGUGCAGUUCCUGUGUAGAAAAAUAGGUGCCUGUGUGUUGUCGCUGUGGUGAUUCUCACCGAAGGAACCUUCUCCGGAGACAAAUGUUAUGUGAAAGAGUGCACAUUGUAUGCUCAGGGGGGUAAUUCUUGUGAAGCAGCAUCGUAAUAACAUCAGUGUAUGUGUGUGUAUGUGUAUGCGUCAUGUUUGUCUAAUAUGGGAUGAGCAUUAAUGAGCAGGUUGUGGGGGUGGACAAAUAGUAACCAGAAAUGGAAAAUGUGCAUGCUGGCGAUAUAAAUAAGUGAGCCCACCGUCCUUGUGGUGCAUUGUCAAGGAGACUACGCUUUAAGUGGUUUUCUUUCUUGGAAUAGUUUGCAGCGAUGGCAACAGUACACGCGUUCUUGUUGGCGUAUGCGGUCCUCCUCAGUGCCAGCGUACCCUUAUUUUCACUUCAUACCAGCGGGGAGUGCUUCUUCAACACCAAAGGGAGUUGUGAGUACUUGGGUCAGGUGUAUGGGAUAGGACAGCGUUGGAUCACUGCCGAUUGUUACCAGUGUGUCUGCAUGGAGCCUUUUGGAGUUGGAUGCUGUGAUCACAGCUCCAAGCCUGUGGACUAUCCUGAAUGGUGUGACAUCAUCCGCAAGCCUGACUCUUGCACCAGUGUGGUGGUAAUGAGAGCCAAUCACAAGCUGCCCUGCCUGUGGGGACGAGGUCGCCUCCGGACAGCUGGGGGCCUCCCCUGGAAGGCUGACAAUGAUCCCAUGUUUUGAGUCCAGUAACUUACGCAAAAUAGAAUAAUGUUAUUGUAUAUGAUAUCAUCAUAUAAUGUUGCAUUUUUGUUUCCCCCUAAAAAAUAACAUUUAAACCAUGAAGUGUAAACUGAUUGUCAUUCUGGUACAGUACAGUAGUGCCUUCAGAUACAAGUGAACAAACUCAUGAUAUUUUUGAGAUACAAGCCACCAGUCUGGCGACUUUUCGCUUUGAGUUACAAGCAAAAAUGUAAGAUAUGUGUAAUAGUACGUGUAAU